AUGCCCGCUCGCCGUCCGCCGCUCAACCUCUCGCACAUUGCCCGCUACGCCAGGGCCCCGCGCCCUCAAUCCGUCCUGCGCCCGCCAACAUGGAGACGCCCGUGUUCUUCAUGUUCCGCUUCCCAGCCUGCACAGAAACUAAACCCGACGACUGAUGAUCCGCCCAAACCACCAGCCGACCACCGCGAGCUGGGCGCCCAGCAGGACCUCUUCACCACUUCUCUCUACUCGCCCGGCUCGCCGCUAUUCCUUCCCAAUGGCGCUGAUAUGUUCAACAAGCUUGCCAAUUUCCUGCGCACGCAGUAUCCGCGAUUCGGCUUCCGCGAGGUCAUCACGCCUACUAUAUACAAGAAGUCGUUAUGGCAGAAAUCCGGCCAUUGGGUGAACUACGCCGAGGACAUGUUCUCCGUGCAGGGCCGCGGCGCAACCGGGAAGAAAGAAGCAGCCGAGGCGGGCGAGGACGAGGAAUUUGGUCUGAAGCCCAUGAACUGCCCCGGCCACUGUCUGCUGUUCGGCAGCGAGAAGCGCAGCUACCGCGACCUGCCCAUCCGCUAUGCAGACUUUAGCGCUUUGCACCGCAAUGAGAUUUCCGGCGCGUUGAGCGGGCUGACGCGAGUGCGUCGCUUCCACCAAGACGACGGACACAUCUUCUGUCGCCCGUCUCAGAUCCAAGAAGAGAUCAAGCGCACCCUUGAUUUCGUCCAGACAGUCUAUUCGACCUUUAAGCUCGGCCCGUACAAGCUGGUGCUCUCGACGCGGCCGGAGGACCACUACAUCGGCACGGUGGAGGAAUGGGACCGUGCCGAGAGCCAACUGAAGGCGGCGCUCGACGACAGCGGGCGGGAGUGGGCGAUUAACCCAGGUGAUGGUGCCUUCUACGGGCCCAAGAUCGACAUCAUCCUGCGCGACAGUGACGGCAAGGAGCACCAGACGGCCACUAUCCAGCUGGAUUUCCAGCUGGGCCAGCGCUUCAACCUGUCGUAUAGUGCGCCCGCGCCGGAGCUCGAGCGAACGGGGUCGGUGAGGGAGGACACGGCGCCGGAGCUGCUCGCGCAGACAGGCCCCGUUACACCCGUCAUCAUCCAUCGUGCCAUCCUCGGCUCGCUCGAACGCUUCCUCGCCCUCUUGAUCGAGCACUACGACGGCAAGUAUCCGUUCUGGCUCGCGCCGCGCCCGGCCAUCAUCCUCGCCUUGUCGCAGGACUACGAGCUGCUGGCCCACGUACAAAAGCUGGCCAUCCAGCUGUCGGGUGCCGACGAGCAGCGGGACGAGCACACAGGAGCGACGCUGCCUGCGCCGCUGGGCCGCCCGCCCGUCCAGGUCGACGUUGACACGAGUGCACGCGGUCUUGGUAAGAAGCUGCGCGAGGCGCGCGAGCGCGGCUAUAACCACAUCAUGGUCGUGGGUCCGAAGGAAAUGCGCAGUGGCAAGGUGCAGAUGCAGCUGUGGAACCAGCCGAGCGUGGCAGAGGCCGACCUGGUGCUUUGGGACGCCGUGGCACAGGUCGAUGGCAGAUACUCUCUUCAGGCUCUUGGUUGGCGUCAGGAAUCACUCUCCAAGGGGACGAAUGUGGAGCUUUCGAAUCAAGCCGUGAGGAAGUACUUUGAAGGUUUGAUGGAUAAGUACAUGUAA